GGGCGGGGCGUUCGCAGACCAUGGCGGGCGAGCUUGAGGGCUGCAAGUCCCUGGGCGGGCUGCUGAGCGGCCUGGCCCAGAACGCUUUCCACGGGCACGCGGGCAUCACAGAGGAGCUCCUGCGGAGCCAACUCUAUCCGGAGGUGCCACCCGAGGAGUUCCGCCCCUUUCUGGCGAAGAUGAGGGGGAUUCUUAAGUCUAUUGCAUCGGCAGACAUGGAUUUCAACCAGCUGGAGGCAUUCUUGACUGCUCAAACCAAAAAGCAAGGUGGGAUCACAUCUGACCAAGCUGCUGUCAUCUCCAAAUUCUGGAAGAGCCACAAGACAAAAAUCCGAGAGAGCCUCAUGAACCAGAGUCGCUGGGACAGUGGGCUUCGAGGUCUGAGCUGGAGAGUUGAUGGCAAAUCUCAGUCAAGGCACUCACCCCAAAUACACACGCCUGUGGCCAUAAUAGAGCUGGAAUUAGGGAAAAGUGGACAGAAGCAAUGCUAUUAUCCUUCUAAUUGAAGAUUUUGAUGAAAACUAAAUAGGCUUUAUCAGCCAAUUA